AUAUUCGUUUCAGUGUCGUGUGAACUGCCAAUAGUCACGUAUCGUUCGCGAAGUUGAAAAUAAAAUUUUCUUUAAAAAAAAAAAAGAAAGAAAUUUAUUAUUAUAGUGAUUUUCCUUUUUUUUCGGCAACGGGAAAAUUUUAGUUUUUCUCUUCAAACAAAUUUUUACUGCGAUUUUAUUUUUUAAUAGUGAAACAGUGAGAAAAAAAAGAAAAAAAACAUUUUUUUGAAAAUGGUGUUUCCGGAAAAGUACAUUAGAUCGCUAAAAAGUGAUUAUGGUUAUGCAAUGGAGGUCGAUGUUAACAAUAAUAUUUCAUUCGAUCUACUUAACCAGACAGCAAGUAUCCUCAACAAUAAUAGUUCGGAGAAACCAGAUCCAGACAACAUUAAAAUGUUUGUCGGCCAGGUGCCUAAGGAUAUGGAUGAAAAUGACCUUCGACCAAUAUUCGAGGAAUACGGCCGUGUUCAUCAAAUCAAUGUACUGAGGGAUAAAUUCAGUGGCAACAGUCGUGGUUGCUGCUUUGUUACGUUUUACACGAGAAAAGCUGCCUUGGGAGCCCAAAACGCCCUUCACAACAUCAUGACCUUCAAGGGGAUGGUGCAUCCAAUUCAAAUGAAGCCAGCCGACAGUGAAAAUAGAAAUCAACGAAAACUUUUUGUUGGUAUGCUGUCGAAGAAGUACACGGAAAAUGAUGUACGAAAUAUGUUUGGCGUUUUUGGUACAAUUGAGGAAUGUUCUGUAUUACGUGACAAUGGACAAAGUAAAGGUUGUGCAUUCGUUACAUUCUCGAGUAAACAGUCGGCCAUUAAUGCAAGCAAGACCCUUCAUCAUUCACAAACCAUGGAGGGUUGCUCUGCUCCUCUAGUCGUAAAAUUCGCGGAUACGCAAAAAGAAAAGGAGCAAAAGAGAAUGCAACAAAUCCAGGCGAAUCUCUGGAAUAUUGCUGGUGUCAAUAUGACGCCACACUAUCUAACGACAACGAAUGAGGCAUUGGCGCCCACGUCGCUACAACUUUUACAACAAUUACAAGCGACGUCGAGUGCAGCAACACCAGUUGCUGCAAAUGCCGGUGCAAAUGCAUUAUCAAGUGUUCAACAUCAAUUGUUACUUCAACAACAUUUGGGCCUUGGUGCUGCAACGGCGGCAACGGCAGCGCCCGCUGCAAUUCCCACUCAACCGGAAAUAAGUCCGGCAAAUUUGCAAAGUCUCGCGACACUUGCAUCGUUGAGUAAUAGUGCCGGUGAGUACGCAAAUGUCGGUGUCACGCCAAUGAGUGUGCAAAAUCUUGUGACCCUUGCGGCAAUGACAGGCGGAAAUGGUAACCUUCAAGUUUCGCCAAACACGCUAAGUGGAUUGGCGAAUUCGUCAGCAGCUGCCCUUUUAGGAAAAACUGCGAAUACAGGGUCCACUGGAGGCAGCUUGAGUCCUGUAACGUCCCUUGCGCUCAAUUCCUUAACUGGAACUCCCUUAAACGGACUUCAGGAUACAAUUAGCAAUGCUUACUCCAGUUUGCAACAAUACGCAGCACUCAUUGGAAAAACGACAGUGACAGUGGAAAAGAAAGAAUUGCAUAGGUUCCCAACAUUUACAGCGGCAGCAGCCGCGGCUGCAGCGGCCGCACAAACAUCGGCCUUUGCAAACGCUGGCAAACAAAUAGAAGGUCCCGAGGGAGCGAAUCUUUUUAUUUAUCAUCUUCCUCAAGAAUUCACCGACACGGAUCUUGCAUCGACUUUCCUCCCAUUUGGCAAUGUUAUUUCAGCCCGAGUUUUCAUCGAUAGAAACACAAAGAGGAGCAAAUGUUUCGGUUUUGUUUCAUACGAUAAUACAAAAAGUGCGCAGGCAGCAAUACAAGCAAUGCACGGCUUUCCAAUUGGACAAAAAAGACUAAAGGUCCAACCAAAGAGACCAAAGGAUUCGACUAAACCCUAUUAGCCAUUCUUCGCAACGAUACUACAAGCAGGUGGCCUGUGACGUUGUGAAACCGUUUACUCUGGACCCGGAGUUGCCGUGCCAUGUCUGUCUCAGUCAGUCGAUCUGUCAAUCACGACUCGAUCUCUUUUUUCUUUCUAUAUUUUUUUUAAAAUCUUUGGAAAUCACCAAAAAAAAAAAACAUUACACUUACACAUUUACACAGUACAUUUUUCAAAUUCCUUUUUCUUCCAUCACUUUUUUUUCAUUAUUAAUCUAUUUUUUUCACUUUUUCUUCUUCUAUUUCUCUCCCCCCCCUCUUUUUUUCCUCCACUCUCCAAUCGUCGAAUCGACCGCAAAAUUCAAAAAAAUUUAAAUUUUUAAAAAAUAAAAAAGAUCGUGUAUAAAUUUUUUUUUUUAAUGAGCAGAUCUUUGAGCAGAGGCUGUCAUUAUAAAUGUAAAUAAUUUAUAUUUAAAAAAACAAAAUGGCGAUUAUUAUAUAAAAAAAUAUAUAUGUGUGCCUGUGCUAAGAUCGUAUUUUUUUUUUAAUGAAAGAGAAAGAAAAAUGAAGUAAAUAAAAUUGGAGAAAUAAAUUUUGAAAAUUCGUUCGAAACGUCGUCGAACGUUUUUUUCUUUUUUUUCACCUCCCCCCCCCCCCCCCCCUUUCUCUCUUUCCGCGGUUUAGAAAAAAAAUGAAACGAGUGACACAAUCAUUGUAUAAAUAAUUAAAAAAAAAAUUGAAAAAAUGAAGUAUGUUAAUUAUUUAAUAAUAAUAAUAAUAUAAAAUGCGAACUUUGUGGUUAUUGAGCGAAAAAAAGUAAAAAAAAAAUACCAAAUAGUCAGCGUAAGUCGAUUAAACGAGUCGAUAAGCAAGAUAACAAUUAUAUUAUUAUACGAAUAAAAAAAAAUUUAGAUAUAUUAAACGUUGACUGAGAAUUAUUUUUAUCGAAUGAUUAUCGCUCGAAAAAUCGAAGAAUUGGGAGUUGAAUAAAAAAAAAAAAAAAAAAUAGCAGAAAAAUUGGUAUUGGUAAUUUUUUUUCCGGACAAAAAUGAAAAAGAAAUUUUUUUUUUUUUUUGAAAAGUAAAAUCGAUUUUUUUUACAAAUACAAAUUUUCUAGAAAAAAAAAAAUUGUAUUGUUUCAAAAACAAUUAUAUUUUUGCUAAUUUAAAAUUUUAUUGUAAAGUUGUUGAAAAAAUCGAAAAAAAUUUUGUUUAUUUAAAAAAAUCGAUUUUAAAAAUCGUGAAAUAAAAUUUUGAGAAUUAGAAAAAAAUACUGGAAAUUUAUUUUUUACAAAAAAAACAAAAGUUUAUAAAAUUAUUAAACAAAAUAAAAAAUAAUUAUAUUUUGUUUUUUAAAUUUAAUAGAAAAUUUUGAAAAUUUUGAAAAUUAGUAAAAAAAAAUUAUUUAAAAUAAUUUUUAUCUUCAAUUUAAAAAAAAAUUUCCCACUAAUUUUUCUUUAAAAAGAAAAAAAAGGUUUUUUUUUUAAAUUUUUCCCGAAAAAAAUUGAAAACUAUGAAGAAAAACGACUUGGAAAGUUCGUGAAAAAAUACCAAAAAAAGUAUAUAUAUAAAUAUAUAUAUAUACAAAAAAAUACACGUGAUCAUUAAUAAAAAAUAAAAAAAAAAACAAAGAGUAUAAGAGGCAUUUUUUAAAAGACUUUGUAAUAAGAUUGUAUGAUAUGUGGAGUAAAAAAAAAUAAAACAAAUUUCCGGGAAUUUUCAAUUCGAAUCUUUUUCGUAAAUAUUGACCGGAAUUAUUUUGAAAUUACAUAUGAAAAAAAAAUGUAAUUUGAAAAAUUAACUAAUAAUUAAAUUAAUUAUAGUAUGAAGAUAUCGAUCACUCCGAGUCAGGUAUUAAAUUAAUUAAUUUUUUGGCUAAUUAUUUAAUUAAUUAAUAUAUCAAAAAAUUAAUUAAAUAAAUAAUUAAUGAUUAAUUAUAAUUAAUUGAUUUAUUUUCUAAUUAAUUUGUAAAUAAAUUAAUUACUAAUUAGUUUUCUAAUUUUCUAAUUAUUUAAUUAAUAAUUAAUUGAAUAUAAAUUUUUUUUUUAAUCAAAAAUUCCGGUCAAUAUUUUCGAUAACUUCCCAAAUAUAAAUAAAUAUUAAUAAUAAUCUAAUUAUAGGGUCGCGUACGUGUUUUAGGCAAUUUAUAUGUCUGCGUUUUUUAAUCGUUAUUAUUAUUAAAAAGAAAAAAAAAGUCACGUGGUACUAAAUUUCCUUGAAAAAAAAAAACAAAAAUUCCCCCACUCACAAAAAAACACACACACAGACACAAAAUCACUUCCUGCUUCUUAGUGUCCUUUUUUCUUAAUCCUUUCACAAAUAAAUAAAAAAAAAUCAUUUUACCCGAAAUCUCGUUUUUUUCUCAAUGUUCUUUAAAAAAAUGAAAAAAAAAAAUGUUAAAAUAUUACGAAUUUCUUUCUUUUUUUUAGAAUUUUUUUUCUGUAAAUAUUCAUUUUUUUCAAAUGCCGGAAUUUUUUUUUUUUUUUAUUUUUUUAACUAAAAGAAAAAUACGAGAAUAUUUUUCCUUUUAAAUUACUGGGAUCCUUUUCUCCUUGAAAAAAAAAAUUUUUUUUGAAUUACAUCCUUGACUCUUUAUCUCUCUACGUCAUCCAUUCAAAAAAAAGAUCACCUAAAAAUCAUUUGAGUCAUCUUGGAUGUUAAAAAAAAAAACACAAAAAUGGCCAAAAAAAAUUUUGAAAAAAAAAAUUUAUGUCAAAAAGAAAAUUGACCAAAUUUGACAAAAAAAAAAAAUAUAUUUUUUUUUUUUGACCGUUUUUUUUGUCAAAAAAAAAAUUUAUGGACGAAAUUAUAUUCAAAAACAAAAAAUGGCCGUAUGUACAACGGAGAAAAAAAAGAGAGAUCCUCUUAACUUGAAAGUGUAACGCAUGUGCAUCCUGACUUCGACAUCUGCUUUAUUUGUUGCUCCUGCGAAUAGCAAUCGACCUUUUUACCGGCGUUGUACGUUUUUUUUAUAUUAAUAUAUAAAUAUAUAUAUUUAAAAAAAUUAAAAAAAAAUAUAUAUAUAUAUUUAUAUAUUCCUUUUUUCUCGUUACCAUGUAUAUAUUAUAUAUGUAUAUCACGGGGCAAGCGAUCCUGCUGGAGUUUUUUUUUGAAUCCACAAUCUCGAAAAAGAAAUUUUUUUUUAAUUUAAUUAAUUUUUUUAUUAAAUUUUUAUAUCUAUUUCAGAAGAAAAUAGAAAAAUAAUUUUUUUUUAUCGUAAAAUUUAGAAAAAUUCCGUAAAUUACGGAAAUUUAUGGAAACUUAUUGAAAUUUACCGAAACUUAUGAAAAUAUACGGAAAUUUAUAGAAACUUUAAAAAAUUUACAAAAACUUCUCAAAAUAAUUAGAUAAAAUUGUUUAAAACUUGUUUGAAUAAUACGCAAAUUUAUAGAAACAUUGUGGAAAAUUAUGGAAAUUAAUGAUAACUUUUGGAAAUUUAUGGAAACUUUUGAAAAUGUACGGAAACUUACAGGAAGUUAUGUAUAAAAAAAGUUAAUUUUUUUUUAAUACAGAUUUUUCUAGAAACUUAUGGAAACUUAUGGAAAAUUAUGGAAAAAUCUCAAAAUUACUGGUAACUUGUGGAAAUUUAUAAAAACUUCUGAAAAGUAAUGUAAAUUUCUUUUAAAUUUUGUUUUGAAAAGUACUGAAAAAAAAUUUUACAAACUUGUGAAAACUUAUAAAAAUUUAUGGUAACCUAUGGAAAUUUAUGAAAAGUUUUUGGAAACUUAUGGAAACUUUUGAAAUUUUACCAAAACUUUUAGAAAGUUUUUGUAAAUUUUUUUUUCUAAAACAUGGAAUUUUUAUUUUAAAAAAUUAAUAUAAUUUUGAAUAUUCAUGAAAAAAAUAGAAAAUUUUGAAAAUUCUCCAAAAAACAAUUUUUUUUUGCAAAAUACUAAUGAGUAAAAUAGAAAAAAAUUUCUUAUAAAUAAUUUACAUUAAAAAGAAAAAAAAAGUUUGGUAAUUUUUUUUCCCAAAAAAAUUUAUUUAUAGAAAAAAAGUGUGUUUAAUUUUUUUUUUAGCAAUUUUUUUUAAAUUGUCAACAAUUUGUCAUGAAUGUUUAUUAAAUGAAAAUAAUUGUCUCCAUUUAAUGGAUGCAAAAUAAAAUUCUACGUAUACAAAGUUAAUUUUUUGGAAUUGAAAAAAAAAAUUUUUGUCAGUAAACAUUUAUUAUUUUUUUAAUUUUCAAUUUUUUUUUGAAAAACUUUUUCAAAAAGAAAAAAAAUUUGCUGUUAUAUAGGUAAAUUUUUCCCAACGAUGAGAGAAUUAUGGAUUUUAAAAAUUUAUUCAUCAAAUUUGAUAGUUUAAAAUUAUUUAUUUUUUUUUUUAAACGGCUUUUUUUUGAGAAAUUUUUUUGUUUUAUUUUUCCAUUUAAGAAAAAAAAGAAAGAAGAUUCAAAAUUUUAUACAAAAAAAUUUUUUUUUUCUCAUGAAAAGGAAAUUUUUUGCUAUUUAAAACAAAAAAAAAAAAAUUAAAAUUUCCCGCCACAUUAAAUUGGCGGUAAAUUCAAAUUUAAACUUCCCGCCAAAUUAAAUAUGGCGGUAAAUUUAAAUUGUCCGUUGUGUUUUAAAUGAAGUUUUUCGAAAAAUUUUCAAAUAAUUUCGUCUUUAAUAUUAUUAUGUUAUUAAUAAUUAAUUGAUAAUUAAAUUAUUAAAUAAUAAUUUUUUUUAACAGAAAAUUUUUUUAAAUUAUUUUUUCAAUAAGAAAAAAUUUUUUUAAUAAAUUUUUUUUUCUUUCCCUCACGAGAUUGUGGAUUCUAGAGAAAGAUGGUUGACGAGCUUUUGACAAAGCUCCAAGCAAGAUACCAAAGACGUGUCUUAAUUAACCGAUGUACUUACGCAAAAGCUAACGACUAAUCACGUUGAGCCAAUUUUUUUGACUAACAAGUGAGAACCAAGCACACAAAAAAAAAUAAAAAAAAAAAAAAAAACUUAGAGCCUAGUCAUAACUGUCGUUACAAAAAAAAAUAUAUUUCUGUACGUUUGUCAUCGUCAUUUGUAAUGAUCAUCGUCGUCGCUCAUUGGACGACAUCGACAAAUCGUCAUUUUACAAUAAAAAUCAUUUCCAAACAAAAAAAAAAAUAAUAAUAACAAUAAUAAUUCAAAAAAAAAUCUAAAAAAAAGACAGUGAAUUCUUUUCCUCUUAAGGAAAUAUUUUUUCUUUAUAAAAAUUGAAUAUAAAUUUUUACCAAAUUUGAAUUUAGCGCCAAAAAAAUAGAAAAUUGGCGGGUAAUUCAAAUGUACAGUUGGUAAAAGAAAAGAAGAAAUUCAAAUUAGGAGGGAAAUUUAAAUUUAUCCUUUUUGAAAAAAAGGAACAAAUACUUUUUGGCGCCAAAAAUUUUCCCGCCAAAAAUGAAAAAUUUGCGGGAAAUAUAAAAUUUAAAUAGCAAAAAAAAUAAAAAAUUAAUCGUUAAUUUAAAAAUUGGAAUUUUUUUUUUAAUUUUCAAUAGAAAAAUUGAAAUUUCCCGCUAACUUAAAAAUGGCGCUAAAUUUAAAUUUGAAAGCAAAUUUUUUUCUAAUUUUUUUUUUUUUUGGAAAUGAUUUUUUAUUGGCACGACUCUUUAUUAUUGAUUACCAUUACUUAUAUAUUAUUACAUAUUUUUAAAGUUCUUAUCACUGAUUGUCACAUGUGCGAGUAUCCGCCUUGCUGUUAAUUAUUGUUAUUACUUUAUAUAUUAUUAUUAGUUUACGUCAUUUAUUAAUACGUCCUUUUUUGAUUGAUUAUUAUUAUUAUUAUUAUUAUUAUUAUUAUUAUUAUUAUUAUUAUCGUCACUGCACCGUCGCUGUGAUUGUCAAAAAAAAACUGCUCUUUAUUCGUUUAAUAUCGAAUCCUGGACAAAAUUACGUUUUUAUAUAAAAAAAAAACAAAAAAAAAAAAUUCCAGGCGACGAAAAAAAAUGUACUUACAUAUAGGUUUUUGUUAUCCCUUCCCCUUCGAGAAAAAAAAAUUAAUUUUUUUUGUUGAUCUCGGAGCACGUGGUUCAAAAAAUCAACUUGGAUCAGUUCUUCAUAAUUUUUUUUUGAAUCAAAAAUAUUUUUUUUUUUCUUUACAAAACAAAAAAAAAAGAAAUUACUAUUUUUCGUUUAUAUUUUUCUUUUCGAAGAAAAAAUUUUUUUGACUAUUUUAUGUUUUCAGCAAAUCCAAGAUUUGAUAUUUUGUUAACGACAAAUUUUUUCUUGUAUGAUUUAUUAUUAUAGUGAUUAAAUACGUUUAUUCCGAAAAAAGAAAUAAAAGCAAUAAAAAAUGUUA